AUGUCAUUUUCAUCUCAUAAUGAUGAUGAUGAUUAUUCUGACCUUGAGAGACGCCUAAGAGAAUUAAAAAAAUCAAAUAAUGAUAUUGAAACUGAAAGUGAAUUAGCUGAAAGGUUUACAAACCUUUUUGGAAGUCAAAUAAUUGUUGAAACAAAAGAGGUAACAAAGGAUAGAACUUAUAAAUUAUCUGAAGAAAAUGUGUUGAAUGACGAUGAGAUUGAACAGUUAUUGUUAUCUGAAGAAAAUUUAUUGGAGGAUGAAUCAUUAUUUUCGAAUAAACAUCAAAAGAAAUUAGAUAAUAUUGUUUCUAGAUUCUUGGGUGAAGAUGAUGAAAAUAAUCAUGUUGAUGAAAUAGUAGCUUCAGAUCUUGUGCAUCAAAUACAAGACGAUGUUUAUCUUGAGAAUAAAUAUGGCAAUAAAGAAGAAAUAAAUAUAAUAGAUGAUAAUGAUUUGAUAGAAAGAUAUAAAUUGUUGAAAGAAAGUAAUAUAAAAUCAUCAAAUAAUAGUGAAAAGAUACGCGUUAGUCCACUAGGACCUCCACCAAAACCCUUAGAACUAUCUGAAUUUGAUAUUGACGACGAUCCAGAUUCUUGGUGUUGUAUCUGUAAUGAAGAUGCAAUAGUCAAGUGCAAUGGUUGUGAUGGUGACUUAUAUUGUCAAGAAUGUUUUCAAGAAG